AUAGUAGAAUGAUUUACAUCUUCUUCAGUGUGUAAAAGUACAUGCUGUAUCCCUUUGUGCAAAUCAUGAAUUCAAACCAUUACUUUCUCUGUCUUUGUUUUCCUCUCUGAAGAAGACGGCUAUGACAUCAGAGACCGUAGCACGCAGCGCGGCGACACCUCAGAGAGUCUGCGUGUGGACGCCCCUGGCUCCUCCCACAUGGCCAGUCACAACGGGGAGCUGCGGAUCCUGAGCGUCUACGGAAAAGGGCAGGGCCCACUGGCGGUGGACGGCCAUGACACCCUCUUCACCCCGUCAGAAGUGGAGGCCUUGAGCUCGCUGUCCGUGGACCGCAGCGUGGCCAAGAGCCGGAACUGCAGCGUGCGGCUGGUCCGCCUUGAGGAGCUUCACAUGAGGACCCGACCAGACGAGAAGCCGUACGGGUGCGACCAAUGCAAGAAGAGCUUCAGUCAAAGUGAACACCUGAAGAACCACAUGAGGACUCACACCGACGAGAUGCCCUACGGGUGCGACCGAUGCAUCAAGCGCUACAGAUGGAAAGAUUCCCUGAGGAUCCACAAAAUGACUCACUCCGGGGAGAAGCCCUACAGCUGUGACCAAUGCAAGAAGCGCUUCAGUCAGAAAAGCAAGCUGAAGAACCACAUGAAGACUCACACCGGGGAGAAGACCUACAGCUGUGACCAAUGCACGAAGUGCUUCAGUCAAAGUGAACACCUGAAUAGCCACAUGAGGAUUCACACCGACGAGAAGCCCUACAGGUGUGACCAAUGCGCAAAGCGCUUCAGUUAUAGCGGCUACCUGAAGAACCACAUGAGGACUCACACCAGGGAGAAACCCUACAGCUGUGACCAAUGCACGAAGAGCUUCAGUCAGAAAGGCAACCUGAAGAUCCACAUGAAGACUCACACAGGGGAGGAGCCCUACAGGUGUGACCAAUGCGCAAAGCGCUUCAGUUAUAGCUGCUACCUGAAGAACCACAUGAGGACUCACACCAGGGAGAAACCCUACAGCUGUGACCAAUGCACGAAGCGCUUCGCUCAGCAUGGCACCCUGAACGUCCACAUGAGGACUCACACCGGCGAGAAACCCUACGGGUGUGACCAAUGCAUCAAGCGCUUCAGAGGGAAAGAUUCCCUGAGGAUCCACAAAAUGACUCACUCCGGGGAGAAGCCCUACAGGUGUGACCAAUGCACGAAGCGCUUCAGUCGAAAUGAAAGCCUGAAGAACCACAUGAAGACUCACACCGGCGAGAAGCCCUACGGGUGUGACCAAUGCAUCAAGCGCUUCAGAUGGAAAGAUGCCCUGAGGAUCCACAAAAUGAUUCACUCCGGGGAGAAGCCCUACAGGUGUGACCAAUGCACGAAGUGCUUCAGUCAGAGCUACUAUCUGAAGAGCCAUUUGAGGACUCACACCGGCGAGAAGCCCUACAGGUGUGACCAAUGCACGAAGCGCUUCAGUCAGAGCUCGUCCCUGAGGAUCCACAUUAGGACUCACACGGGGGAAAAGCCCCACAGUUGCGACCAUUGCACAAAGCGCUUCGCUCAGCAUGGCGCCCUGUACGUCCACAGGAAGACUCACACCGGCGAGAAGUAGGGCUGGGCGAUAUGACCAAAAUAUCAUAUCUCGAUAUAGGUCAUUCAUAUCCCGAUAACAAUAUAUAUCACGCAAUAGCACAUUUUCUGUAAAUUCAAUGAAUAAAUACUGUAUUUUCCGCACUAUAUGGCGCACCGGAGUAUAAGCCGCAGCAGCUAAAUUUAAUGAUGUGUACAUAAGCCGCACUGGACUAUAAACCACAGGUGUUUUAAUGUUUAAUUACCAUCAGGGCUGGCCCAAAUGCCAUUUUUCAGGCUUCAAAUACACGUUGGUUUUUCCGAGCGAAUAUUCGAAUACUCGUUCAAGAAAAAACACCAUCAAAAACAACAUUAAUAAUCCCUAUAUACUCCCUGGAACCGAUUUUGACAGUAUCUGCAUAUUUUGUUGAAGAUUUAAUAGCUUUUAAAGGUUGAUUAGGCCUAAGUAGGUUGAAGUUCCUUAGUUUUUCCCCGUGAAAGCGAACAGCUGUUGUUCCGUUCCAAAUCAGCUGUCCUCUGCCGCACCGUUAUAUAAGCCGCAGAAGCAGAGAAAAAAAAGAAGAAAAAAAAGGCGCGUCUUAUAGUCCGAAAAUUAUGGUAGUUUAUAUAAAGUGACCACAUGGAAAGGCCUAUUUCGUAGCCCCUCUUUAAGGUACGAACUCACUUUGUCUUGGCUGGUUGUUGGAGUCCUUCUCCCAUUCAGAAUUGUCACGUUCACUCUCCUCCAUGUUUGUUUGUGUUGCGUUCAUGUAUUUUACGUGUGUCCAAAUGACGUAAAAUAUUACCGUGAAGAGUGUGAUUUGCGACAAGACGAUUUAAGCGAUAGAGGAUAAUAUGAAACGAUAGACAUUUUUAUAGCAUCACACGAUAUAUAUCGUCAUAUCGCCCAGCCCUAGCGAGAAGUUUAAUUUCUAACGCAACGUUAGUUUUAUUUCUAACAUUAUCAGAAUCAGGCCCUUUGUCCAAAAUUCCAAACUACCCCUUUAAAGGGAUUCUUUGACACCUGUAUCCAGGUGCUGCUUUUUUUUUUCAUCAUGAUUAAACGCUUUCCAACUUUU